AUGUCGUCCUCGUCAACCUCCCCGCAGGAGAUCAAGGAGGAGGUCAAGAAGGUCCUCGAUGUCAAGCCUGUGAACCAGACCAUUCAGCAGAUUCGCUCGCUCGCAGCCGGUGCGGCGGGAGGUCUGUGUGCGGUCGUGGUGGGACACCCCUUUGACCUGGUCAAGGUCCGUCUGCAGACCGCCGAGAAGGGCGUGUACGCGGGUGCCAUGGAUGUGGUCCGGAAAACCAUCGCUCGCGAGGGUCUGGCUCGUGGUCUCUAUGCUGGUGUGUCUGCUCCUCUCGUGGGAGUGACUCCAAUGUUCGCUGUGAGCUUCUGGGGCUACGACGUGGGCAAGAGCCUCGUGGAGAAGGUUUCGACCGUGCCGGUGGUUCACGGCACCCCCCAGUACUCCAUUGGGCAAAUCUCUGCCGCCGGUUUCUUCUCUGCCAUCCCCAUGACCCUGAUCACCGCACCCUUUGAGCGCGUCAAGGUCCUCCUGCAGAUCCAGGGCCAGAACCCGCCUCCGCCGGGCCAGAAGCCCAAGUACUCCGGUGGUGUCGACGUGGUCCGUCAAUUGUACAAGGAAGGCGGUCUUCGCAGUGUCUUCCGCGGCAGUGCCAUGACGUUGGCUCGUGACGGACCCGGUUCGGCCGCCUACUUUGCUGCCUACGAGUACAUCAAGCGAACGCUCACCCCCAAGGAUGCUGAGGGCAACGUGACCGGCGAGCUCUCGCUGACGGCGGUGGUGGCGGCGGGUGGUGCCGCCGGUAUUGCCAUGUGGAUUCCCGUCUUCCCCGUGGACACCAUCAAGUCUCGCCUGCAAAGUGCUCCUGGCAAGCCCACCAUCGGCGGCACCGUCCGCACGAUAUACGCCAGCGGUGGCUUCAAGGCCUUCUUCCCUGGAUUCGGUCCUGCCCUGGCCCGUGCCGUUCCCGCGAAUGCGGCGACUUUCUUGGGUGUCGAACUCGCCCACAAGGCCAUGAAGUCGAUGUUCGACUAG